UUAGACCACACCCCUUUUCAUUACAGAGAUGUACAUCACCUGGUAUGCUUAAUUGGUAGGAGGCUUUCAAGCCUAUGCAGCUUGGAGUAGGCCAACAUGCAUAGAGAGGGUAAUGUGGUCAACAUACUCAUUUGCCUAAUAAUUCUGCACUCCCUGUACAGCGGAUGUAGAGUGGACCAAUCAGAGCCCUCUUGUCUGCGACGCUGUCUGUGAGGCUUCUGCGGUGGUCACAAUUUUUGGGAGGUGCGCGCAGAGCGUCUGCGAAGGUGGGGGGGCUACGCAGACACUGUCUGCGACGCUAUCUGCGAGGACUGGGUUGUCAGCAUAAAUUGGCCUUGAGAAAAUCAGCCUUUAUAAUGGGUGUCUAUUGCGUUACACACCAGUGGAGCAGAGUGUAGAGAGCUUGGAAAAAUAGCUCAAACUUUCUCAUUUAAACUGUGUUUUCAGCCCCAAUUUUCACUCCCCACACAUAAUUUUCUCAAAAGUAGUAGCCACACUUGUCCUGAUUCACACAAUGUGUCUACCUACACGAUAGGACUUGCAGUUUUUGAAUGAGAAGCCUGAAAGUGAGGAGAGGGCAGGCGCGCAGCCCCAUAGACUCCCAUUAUAAAACUUGGCAGAAAAGUCACUCGUUUUUAACUUGCUCUAGUGACCUCAUUUUUUACACUACAGACAAAAAAAUUACAUCAGUGUGUUCAGGUGAUCCUUGUGGCACUCACUGUGAAAGAAUUUUGUGAAUAUCUCUUUCCGUUUUCGUGUAAAUCCCCGUUGUUUGGAGUCAGCACACUGAGAAAAUCCUGCGCUCUGUCUGACACUCUGCUCGCUCUCUCUCUCACACUCACACAGAAGGGCCGGGCUGCUCAGGCUUCAGUCUGAUUGACGUGUCAGUAUCCAAUCAUUUUGAGGUGGUACCUCGAUAGGAUUGGAUGGCGUUUUUCCUUUUACACUGUAGACUGGAUUAAAAUAUUUCGGUUUUGGGUCAAACCUUCUAUUGUACUGCUUGCAACAUGGGUGUGAGGAGCUUUUCAAGCAAUAUGGUAAAAAAAUACUCCUGAAAAAAAUCUCAUAUUCCACCUUUAAAAGGUAGAAUAAACCUUUUUAAAGCAGAUACGCAGAUCCUUUAUUUUUAAAUAAAUUUCUGAGUGGAUAGUAUCUCCAUCCUUGACUUUUGUAUGUUUCAUAAAUGGGAAUAAAAAAAUAUAUAUAUUUUUUGAGAGUUAAAAUCAACUGCAAAGUUGGUAUUCGAGCUGCCCCGCUGAGCCAGCCAGCCCUGAGUGCGUGACGUCACAGCAGGAACCGGUUUUAAGGCCGAGGCCUUUGACAGCUAUUAGAGCUGGGUGAUAUGGCCUAAAAAAAAAAAAAAAAAAACUGAUUUUUUUCACAAAAACUCCGAUUUAUUCGAUUUUUCCCCCCCUACUAAAAAUCAAACUACAGAUGACAAAGAAAUGGUUCAAAACAAGUUUUAUCUUUAUUUUGUUUUCACUUAAAUUUCCCCUUUGGGGUUAAAGUGCAACCAGAAACCAAAAUGAAGCCAAAAACAAGCUUGUAUAGAUGAGAUGGCAGACCAUGCCAUUGUAAACAGUGAGAACAUACAGUAACUUUUAGAAAGCUUUCUCCAACAUAGCUUAGUUUCAAACUGGCACUGAUACAAUGCACCCUCAAACUUAAAAUAAAUAAAUAAAUAAAUAAAAUGUCCCCUCAAAAAAUAUGUAAAUAAAUAAAUAAAAUUGUGUCCUUUUCGGUAAAACUGACAAAAUAGGGGAAAAAAAUCCCGGCUUUUCCACUGUAUGUAUGGGCACCAUGUCUUUUGCAAUAAACAUCGCGAUAGCAUCUGUGAUUGCUUCCACCGCGCCCCAUUCUUAUCAUAAUGCACACAGUUGGAAAAUGUGUCCGGGACGGCUGCUUGCUUUGCUGUGGAUGGUGCGCUCGUGCUGCGGCUGUGUUCAUUCCGCUGGGAGCAGCACUCUCCCGCUCCGCUGCAGGCUUCUGUUUAAGGGGUUGGAAUAAAUUCGUCGUGCUGCUUCCUUUGGAAGCAACUGUUUUCAAACACACCUUACAACGAGGACUUGUUUGGUCUGCGUCCGACGCCGCAAAACCGAACCAUUUCCAGAUCACGGAGGAAGUUACUCCUUUCUUGGGCACAAGUUGCAGCUUUCCCCCAAUCGCUGCCAUGUUGUUUGUGUGUGUCUAUGGCAAGCACGUGGGAGGAGGUCUAUAGAGAGCGUGCACGUGACGUCACGAGGUCACGUGAUAUUCGUUAUCCGUCAUUUUGGAUGGCAAGAUCGCGCAUAGACCUUAGACGAACCUGUUCUAAUUAUCAAGUGUGUGGGAGUAGAUCUUUCGAGAAUGGUUAUAUCUUGUUCAGCAUUUGGUUGUACCAAUAGGCAGGGCCAAAAGGAGGGCCUGUUAUUUUAUAGAGUCCCCGCAGAUGCGGAGAGACGCGCAAAAUGGGUGUCCGCUGUGCGAAGAGAAAACUGGAACCCCAGUUCUACCAGCCGAAUUUGUAGUGAAUACUUCAUAUCAGUUUCUGGUGACUCCAGCAGUCUCCUGUCUGAAGAGCAGCUGCUGUGUUCGAUCUGUCUGGAUGUGUUCACUGAUCCACUCAGCACUCCAUGUGGACACAACUUCUGUAAGAGCUGCCUUACACAGUGCUGGGAGAAGAGUCAACACUGUCACUGUCCAUUAUGUAAAGAGAAAUUCACCAAGAAACCUGAACUGAAGAUUAAUACAACACUGAGAGAGGUUGCAGAUCACUUCAAGAAGAAACGUGGUCCUGACAAACCUGAGGUUCUUUGUGAUGCCUGCACUGGAGAGAAGCUGAAGGCUCUGAAAUCCUGUCUGGAUUGUCGUGCAACUUUCUGUAAAACUCAUUUCGAACUUCAUAAUCUUGUUUCAAGCUUUAAGAAACAUAAAUUAAUAAACCCUGUGGAGAACCUGGAGGACUACAUAUGCCAGAAACAUGAGCGACCACUGGAGCUGUUCUGUAGAGAUGAUCAGACGUGUGUGUGUCAGUUCUGCACUGAGACAGACCACAAGAAUCACAACACUGUUCCUAUAGAGGAGGAGAGCGGAGUGAGGAAGACUCAGCUGGGGAAAACACAGACAGAUGUGCAGCAGAUGAUUCAGGACCGACUGAAGAAGAUCCAAGAGAUCAAACACUCAGUCGAGCUCAGCAAAAGAAGCACAGAGAAAGAGAAAGCAGGCAGUGUUGAAGUCUUCACUGCUCUGAUUCGCUCCAUUGAGAGAAGUCAGGCUGAGCUGCUCGAGGUGAUGGAGGAGAAGCAGAAAGCAGCAGAGAGGCAGGCUGAAGGACUCAUUAAAGAGCUGGAGCAGGAAAUCACUGUGCUAAAGAGGAGAGACACUGAGCUGGAGCAGCUCUCACACACUGAGGAGCAUCUCCACCUCCUACAGAUUUACUCCUCCAUGUGCAGCCCUCCACACACCAAGAACUGGACUGAGAUCAGUAUUAACACUGAUCUGAGUGGGGACACUGUGAGGACAGCUCUGUCUCAGCUUCAGCAGACUCUGAAUAAGAAACUCACUAAAACACUCAAUGACAAGUUAAAGGAAGCAGUUUCCACAGAACUGAAGAGGAUUCAGCAGUAUGCAGUGGAUGUGACUCUGGAUCCUGAUACAGCUCAACCAUAUCUCAUCCUGUCUGCUGAUGGAAAACAAGUGACACAUGGAGACAAACGACAGAAUCUCCCUGAAACACCACAGAGGUUUGAUCGAUAUGUUAUGGUUCUGGGAAAGCAGAGUUUCUCCUCAGGGAGAUUUUAUUAUGAGGUGCAGGUCAGAGGGAAAACUGAGUGGGAUUUAGGAGUUGUGAGAGAGAACAUUAACAGGAAGGGGACGAUUACACUGGAACCUCAGAAUGGAUUGUGGACUGUGGUACUGAGGAAUGAGAAUCAGUAUAAGGCUUGUGCUGAUCCCUCUGUCCCCCUCACACUGAGAGAGAAGCUGGAGACGGUGGGGGUGUUUGUGGAUUAUGAGGAGGGUCUGGUCUCCUUUUAUGAUGUGAAGUCCAGAUCUCAUAUCUACUCUUUCACUGGUCAGUCUUUCACUGAGAAACUCUAUCCAUACUUCAGUCCUGGUUUAAAUGAUGGAGGUAAAAAUUCAGCCCCACUGAUCAUCUCUCCUGUAUUAAACACUGAAUGAAUUUUCAACUCACAAAUUUAAUCAUAUAUUAAAUAGUGAGAAUAGACAAAUAUUUUACAUUUUCUGGUUAAUUUUAGUAAUACAUGUUCCCCUUUAAAAUGCUGUACAGUUUAUUUUAAUACCUGGGCUUAGUUUUUUGCAGAAACAAAUAAUUUUACUCCUACUGUCUGUUGUUACGCAUUUUGA